AUGAUGAUUUGGCAACAGUGAUCUGCUGGGAGGUAAACAAAUCCUCUCGUCAUGGCAAGGAGAGCGUACAAACUUGCAAUAUUUACGUGAUUUUAAGCUUGAAUGUCCGCGGCAGCUGUGAUAUUAGAGCGGAGGAGUCAGUGAACAGGGAGAAUAUCGCGGGAAGGGAGAAAAGCGCGUGUAAGCCGGUGAAAUAAGGGAGGAAGUUACCCGGAACACCAUUGCCAUACUCACCUCCGUCACGCUGGUGGUGGCUGGGAAAUGACGUAAGGUGGACCGGGCAAUUUGGGGAUUCAAGACCCUAGGUACGGUGGGCCAGCUCGCCGCCCUCCCCUGCUCGUCACUGCACCUCGCGGCGCCUCGGUGACCUCACGCGCCGCCCACCACUCGAGUUCGUGUCUCGGGGUCUUCUGCACUGCCGCCCCCCCUGCCCCGUGACCCCCCUUCAGCACCGCCAGCAUGGGUGUGCCAAAGUUCUACCGGUGGAUCAGCGAGCGGUACCCCUGCCUCAGCGAGGUGGUCAAGGAGUACCAGAUUCCAGAGUUCGACAACCUCUAUCUCGACAUGAACGGUAUCAUCCACAUCUGUUCGCACCCCAACGACAAUGACCCACACUUCAGGAUAUCUGAGGAGAAGAUGUUCAAGGACAUCUUCCACUACAUUGAGGUGUUGUUCCGUCUGGUCCAGCCCCGCAAGGUGUUCUUCAUGGCCGUCGAUGGUGUGGCGCGCGACAAGAUGAACCAGCAACGCAGCCGCAGGUUCCGGUCAGCCAGGGCAGCCAUUGACGCAGAGAAGAAGGCCCAGGAGAGGGGGGAGGUGCUGCCCACGGAGGAGCGAUUUGACUCCAACUGCAUCACGCCAGGCACUGACUUCAUGGAGAGGCUGGACGGGCAGCUGCAGUACUUCGUCACCAGCAAGGUCUCCCAGGACAAGAUGUGGCAGGACUGUAAGAUCAUAUACUCAGGACACCAGACGCCGGGUGAGGGUGAGCACAAGAUCAUGGAGUACAUCCGCUUCACCAAGAGCAGCCCCGACUACAACCCCAACACCCGCCAUUGCCUCUACGGCCUGGACGCGGACCUCAUCAUCUUGGGCCUCACCUCGCACGAACCACACUUUUCGCUGCUCAGGGAGGAGGUCAGGUUUGGCGGGAAGAAGGACAACCAGCGCACCCCCACACCUGAAGAGACAACCUUUCACCUCCUCCACUUGAGCCUCAUGCGCGAGUACAUCAACUACGAAUUCUACGACCUCCGCGCUGCCCUGCCCUUUCCGUACGACCUCGAGAGCGUAAUAGACGACUGGGUCCUCAUGGGGUUCCUGGUGGGCAAUGACUUCAUCCCGCACCUUCCUCACCUCCACAUCAACAAGGAGGCGUUACCGAAGCUCUACAUGACGUAUAAAGCCGUGCUCCCGACCCUCGAUGGCUACCUCAACCAGGGCGGGGAGCUGCAUCUGGGGCGUUUUGAGAAGUUCAUGGCGAAGUUGUCGGAGUUCGAUUUCGAAAAUUUCCAGGAGACGUACGCGGACCAGAAGUAUUUUAACUCGAAGAGGCUAAAGGAUGGGGAAGCGUUUAAGCCGAAUAGAGGUAACAGGGAGCUUGAGCCAUUUAGCUUUGAUGACGAGGAGGGUGGGGAAGGCGGGCAGAACGGCAACCUGAUCGGGGGUAUUGAGGAGGAUGAGGAAGAUGAUCAGGUCGAGGAUUUGCGUCGGACAUAUGAGCGUCUAGGCUACGAACCCAACCCGGAGUUUCUCGAGGAUGAGGAUGAGGAUGAGACGUCCGAGGAGGAGGGGCUGUUCAAGGAGGAGUUCCGGCUGCACAAGCGCGAGUACUACAUGACCAAGAUGAACCUCAAGCGCGUCAACACUGAGGUCCUCCACCACCAGGCCACCAGCUACGUCAGGGCCAUACAGUGGAUCCUAAACUACUACUACAACGGCAUAUGCUCCUGGUCCUGGUACUACCCCUUCCACUAUGCCCCCUUCAUCUCCGACGUCAGGAAUUUCGCCCAUAUGAAGAUGGACUUUGAGAUGGGGCACCCCUUCCUCCCGUACCAGCAGCUCCUCGCCGUGCUCCCACCCCUCAGCAAGAAGCUCCUGUCCAAGGCCUACUGGGGGCUCAUGUGCAACGAAGACUCGCCGCUGAAGGAGUUCUACCCGAGUACCUUCCUGACGGAUCUGAAUGGGAAGCAGCAGGACUGGGAGGCUGUGGUGCUCAUCCCCUUCAUUGACGAGACCAAGCUGCUGGAGGCAAUGGAGACCUGCAACACGUACCUGACGGAGGAGGAGAGGAACCGCAACUCCCACGGCCCCAUGUACAUCUACACCUACACGGAGAAGAACCUUGGAGACUUCCCGGCCCCCAAGUACUUCCCGGGGGUGAACAUGAACCACGCGCAGGUGGAGAAGGUGUGGCGGGAGACGUGGGAGCUGCCGCCGCACAAGAUCAAGAAGGGGCUGUGUCCGGACGUCAGGCAGGACAUAUAUUUUGCCGGCUUCCCCACGCUGAAACACGUCGACCACAAGUUCCAUGUGGCCAAGGAGGCGGUGAAGGUGUUCCAGCAAAACAGUCGCGGGGAGAACUUCAUCCUGGACGUGACGGAGAAGGAUAGGCCUGACCUGCGGGACCUGGCCAACCAACUGCUGGGCAAGGAGGUUUUUGUCUCCUGGCCACACCUGCAGGAGGCCAAGGUGGAGGCAGUGAGUGACAGCAAGGUGCGCUACAGCCUUGGGGGCAACGGGGAGGUGCAGAAACACGCCGUGGAGCACACCCUGAAGGAGGAGUUCUCGGGCUCCCGCAACUUCAUAUCGACGCACUACCACGACCGCUGGGGCGUCGACGUCGGUGACAUCCACAUCCUUAUUUACGCCACACCCAUGACGGGACGGAAGUGAGUGUAGAGGGAGGAAGGA